AUGAAUGGGGCUGAAGAGACCCGCCACAGAAGCCGAGAGCCGCGUGUAAGCAGCUCCGAUGUCCGGGCCGCGGGGACCGCAUCCGCCGCCGCUCGGCCGUGCCCGGGGCGGUGCCCCCGGGGGCCGGACCCGUCCCGGGGCCGCGGGACCGCCCCCGCCCCGCCCCUGCACUCGGCGGCGAUGGGGCUGCGCUGGGCGCUGCUCCCGGCGCUGCUCCCGGCGCUGCUCCCGGCGCUGAGCCGCGCCGCGGCCGGGCGGGAAUACUCAUUACCUUAUACGCCACAGUUUGCACAAUGCAAUGAUCCCAGCACCGAAUUCUAUGAUGAAGAACUUAAUAAAUGCUGCAGCCAGUGCCCUCCAGGUCAGUAUAGGACAGGGAGCUGCAGUCACACCGUGGACACAAAGUGCAGCCCCUGCAGACCUAAAACGUACACAGCGAUCUGGAAUCACUCUCCACAGUGCUUUGCUUGCUCACCACCCUGCAAGAAAGGGCUUGUACAGAAUCAAACAUGCACUAGGUCCCAGGACAGAGUCUGUAGCUGCCCACCCCAUAAGUACUGUGUUUCCAAACUAGACGAGUACUGCGAAGUGUGUAGAGCACAUAAGAAGUGCGGCAAAGGUUACCGGGUUUCCAGAAAAGGGACAGACAGCACAGACACGGAAUGUAAACCUUGUCCUCCUGGCACGUUUUCCCCUGAGGAAUCCUACAACACCAGCUGUACACCCCAUUCCAUUUGUAAAUCAGUGGUUGUUCCUGGGAACAGCAGGAAUGACACUGUUUGCAGUGACUCAGGAACAGCCACAGUUCUGCCUCACACCAUUUUGAACCUACUCCUGACCCAAAGCUCAGCUUCCCACAAACCUGAAAUAAUAACUCAACCUGUCACGUUAAACUCUGUACCUGACCUGUCCCACAUCACCGGAGCAGUAGCAGGGCCACUGUUAUUGGUCCUGAUAAUUGCUAUUUUGGGGUAUUGCUUAGUCUCAAACAAAAAAGCCCCUGUGUACUCUGCACCAGCUACAGAAGCAGAUUUGCCUUUUCCCCCUCCAGAAAAACAGUGUGACAAAAAAGUGAGAGAUACAGAAUUGCAGAACUCUAGGAGUUCUGAACAGGAGCAACAGCAUCUCUUGGAAACUUCUGGAUCCAGCAGUAGUGUCCUGAAUAAUCCAACUGGAUCUGCAAGCAUCAGUGUAAUAAAUAAAAAGAAUGAUGAAAGAAAAAACCCAGAAGGAUUUCAGCAGCAACAUUCACCUCCAGAAGGUUCUAAACUCCACAGUGGAGACAGACACAGCUCUGUGAGUUCAGAACAUUCUGGUAACGGAGGAACGCAGGUGAAUGUGACGUGUAUUGUUAAGUUUUGCAGCCCUGACUGCAGCUCCCAGUGCCCCGAGCAGACUAGUUCAACUAGAAGGGAUUAUGGAAGCACUCCCUGUUAUUCCCCAACAGGGGAAGAAACUCCCCUUUCAAAAGAAGAAAAUGCCUUGAAAAAAGAAACUGAAAUUCACAUCGCAGUGGAAAAUGAGGACAAUUUACUUCAAGACUUACUUCCACAAGAAAUGAAGGUUCCUCUGGGUAUUCAAGAUGCUGGGAUGAAAACUAGUUAAAGGAAAUUACAGAUCAUAUGCUGAUUAACUGAUAAAAUUAAUCAAACAAUCUCUGGUGUUAUAAAACAAACCUCAUGGUAAAUGUAGCUUUCUUACAGAGAUUUGAAAUUUCAGAUGAAUAUAGACACUGAUGCUUUUGAGGUUUCCAGUCUCUUCUGUCACUUUGCAGUUUAAAAGACAAAGCAUUCAAAUUUUUUAAAAUUUAAUGGCCAGCUCCUCCCUUUCUUCAGUGAUACUCUAGAAGGACCUUUAUGAGACUUGAAAAGGAACAUUUUUCGAACUUUAUGCCAUUAAGUUUUCUCCUCAGUCUUCUUGUGGUGAUAAUUUGGGUUCAGGUCUGCCACAUUUCAAGAACAUGGCUGUGACCAGCACUUCUAAGGGACUGGAGUUAAUUUAUCAUUCUUUCAGUGCUCAGGAAUCAUCCGUUUGAUUUGAAUUUUAAAGCUUUUGCAUUCAGUUUCCUAUCCCCUAUCUUAGUUAUCUUUGGAAAUAUCCUCCUGGAUAUUUCUUUCGUUAUUACAGUUUGUUUUUUCUCAUUAUCAGACCAAAUUUCUCAAGUACAUACAGGGUAUCAGGAAGUGAAAUCUUUUACACAAGCGUUUUUUACAACUAAAAUUACAACUGUUGUGUCUAAACAACAGCUUUUCAUUCUCUGUAUGUAGUUCAUUUUGUUUUAGAAGGGAAAACCUAGAUAGAACUGUUGUUAUCUUGGAGUAGGAAGUAAGUUCCUUUUGUUGACAACUCUAGAGUUUGUCACCUUUGUGUCCUGGCUGAUGUAACAUGUUUCCCCAAUUGAUCCUGACCUCAUUUUUGAGGUAAACCAUAAAUCCAAAGUAUUUUCCCUGUGUUCAGUGACUAUUAGAGCAGAUCCCUGUGAUUAUCUUUGUCAGAUAGCUCACUGCCCUCAGGUGGCAGAGCAUCAUCCGUAAUAAACGGAAUUUACUGAAACCGCAGAACCUGAAAAUCCUGUUCUCCUUCACUGCUUGAUGACGCUGGAGCUCCAACCACCUCUUACAGAAAAUUAGUGGAGGUUCUCCUUGAAUUAAGUGGUUUGGAAGCCAAUAUUUAGAAACCCACUUCCCAUAAUUAUAUUUUACAUCUGUGAUUUAACUGUCAAUUGUGGUGGCUGUGUUCAACCAGAAUCUGCAAUCCAGAGUCUGAAUCCCAUGGGAGUGAAGUCAUACCAUGACACGUAACUCUUGUUUUAUGCCAUAAAAACACUGUUGGACUAUGUGAUCGCUGUACUUCCCACUGAACUGUCCUAAUCUAUUUCAAGAUAGACACAGUGGUUGUUUCUGAGGCCUGAGACGUAAAAAGAUCUUUUGGAGUAACAUUUAUUCUAUUGCUACAAAAGAGUAUUCAGAUUUUGAAAAUACAGAUUUUAAACUUCCACAAAAGUUAUGAGGUUGCUGAUAUUAUUUCUGGAACUGGGAACUGACAAACAGGUCUGUAGUUCUACUAUGAAGAAACUUUUUACAAAUGUAUACUAAACUUACACUUGAAGGUAGUUUCAGGAGACUUUGAAAAUGGGCACAUUGAAACUACUACAGAGCUGAAGGAUUUAGGCAAGAACAUAAUUUUUCACAGCACUUUGAACCUCUUGUGCCGUAAUAUUUCUGUCAUUUUUUCUCCGUCAGCUCCCAUUAUUGGCGCCAUAUUGAAGCAGCAAAGGAAGAUUUUUGAAGAAGUUUAAAAACGUUAAAAAAGAGGAUCCUGUUAAAAUAGUUAAUUUACUGAGUUUUCAAAUUAAGGAGCUGUCACAGAGAGAAAAGCCAUGUUUCAUGUUGGAAGUAGGAAAAAUGAGCCUGCAUUUGCUUAUACAAAGUAUGAAAAAACCAAACCAAAACGAGAAACAUAUCUUUUUAUAGAUAUAUGUAUCGUCAAGUUUCCUGACCUCUUUAUUAAACAAAAUUCGGAUUUCA